UGUGUGUGUCUGCGUAUGUGAAUUCCCAGCGAGGACACUGACAGAAGCGAUGAACCACUCGCCAUGUGACAUGCAGCAGUGCACACGGGAUUGGCUAAGCUGAGUGAUGACCUCAGCAAGCCUCCCUCCCAGCAGCUCUCUCUCUCUCCCCAUCCCUCCCUCCCUCCUUCUCUCUCUGUCUCUCUCCACUCUGCUUUUUUUCCUGCCCCCUUUUGAGCAUCCUUUGGUGAUCGUGUAGACCACAGCCGCAGUGACUAGCAGCAGCAUCCAUGGCCUAAACGCGGAGCCCUAAAACAUCCGACGGCCCGUCGUACGAGGGACACGGGGACUUUAAACUCAAGGGUUUUGGAGGCUGGAAGUGUGCUCUGUUUUUUUACAUCUCUCCAUCUGGUAACCAGGGGCUUCUCUCCUCCCCUCCUCCCGUUUCAGGCUCCUUGGAGAUAGAGGAAUGCAAAUCUGCAAUCAUGAUGGAAGGAUUGAAAAAACGCACCAGGAAGGCCUUCGGGAUACGGAAGAAAGAAAAGGACACUGACUCUACGGGGUCACCAGACAGAGAUGGUGGAGAACUCCAAGAGACUGAAUCGCCACAGAAAAAGACAAAUGGAGCUCCAAAUGGCUUCUACGGGGAGAUUGAUUGGGAGAGAUAUAACUCGCCUGAGGUAGAUGAAGAAGGAUAUAGCAUCAGGCCAGAUGAGGAAGAGGGAGCAGCCCCCAAAGAGAAGACUCACUUUUUCUCCUCCAGUGAGUCUGAAGAAGAGGAGGACCACCGCAAAAAGUUUAAGAUCAAAAUCAAACCCCUGCCAGCAGACGCUAACUUUGCAGCUCCCUCGGUAGAUGAAUUAAAAGCCUCCAUAGGCAACUUAGCUCUGUCUCCCUCGCCUCUGAGGAAUAGUCCGAGACGUAGCCCGGGGCUGGCAAAAAGAAACCCCAGUGAAGAAAUUGCACGACCGAGACGUGCUGUUCCAACGCCUGCACCAGCUCCUGCCCCAUCCCCAACACCUGCAUCUGCGCCUGCGCCUGCACCUGCGCCCACUCUCGAGCCUGCUAGUAAUAAGAAAUCUCCAGUGCCAGAGGAUGCAACAGCCUUAUUCGGCCCUCCGCUGGAGACAGCCUUUGAUGAGCAGAAGACCAGUGAAGCGGUGAUAGAGGAACCUGAGGUUUGGGGUGCACCCCUGCCUGAGCAACACCUAGAAUCCUCACUGGCAAGAUCUUUUCCUACAGGAACUCUGCCUCCGCUUCCGCCUAAGAAUGUGCCGACCUCCCCUCCUCCGAUUGAAUCUCCUGCUACAGAGCCUACCGAUGUACAGAAAGAAGAGGAAAAUUCAAGACAGACCUCACAGAGGCCCUCUAUAACUGAUCUGGACAACAUCUUUGGUCCAGAAGACUCCCCCAAACCUGGUCAAGAUGUUGGAGACAAGUGGGUCUGCUUCAAUGAGGAGUCACCUGAAAGACCUCCUCGCUCUGAAGGAGGAGAACCAGUACCUCCACUCCCCUUGUCUCCGCCUCCCCCAGCAGAACCAGCACCCCCAGCACCUCCAUUACCUAAAUCACCCCCUCCAUCUGAGGAGCUGAACCCUCCUUUACCAAAAUCUCCACCACCUCCUGCAGAGCUGGCACCUUCUCCACCUUCCAGUGAGUCACAAAGGGAAAGCCCCCCACCUGUCCCACCUGUUCCCAAAGACACCACUCCUUCUCCUCCAACUGUCCCGCCUCCUCCGGUGGAAGAGGCCCCGCCCCCACCGACACCGGAUGAUCUUUUUCAGUCCACUACAGACUUUUCACCAUGUGCUCCUCUGACGGAGACCCGAUCAGACUCAACCAACAGCCCACCAUCCACUGUAGAGACAAGUGCACGCACAAUCCCUCCGCCCUUGGUUCUGAACCAAGAGGACAAGAAAAGCCCUGACGAGAUUCCAUCAAAAGAGAACCCCAGUGAGAGCAGCACUUCACCCAAAGAGAUUUGUCAAGGACCACGUUCGACACCUCCUCCUCCACCACCUCCUACAUACAGGGCGGUAGUGUCAUCCCCAGGGCCCAUCCCUUCAGCUGGUACAGGUGAAAAUGAAAGUGGCUCCUCCUCCCCUGCACGCCCCUCUACGCCAUUGGCUACCAGCAGCUCUCCCCCUCCCCCUCCCCCACCUCGACCACCCUCACGACCCAAACUGCCUCCUGGGAAACCAAGCGUAGGGGAUGUGAAUCGGCCGUUCAGCCCCCCUGUACACUCGUCAAGCCCCCCUCCUCUGGCUCCGCUGGCCCGUGCGGAGAGCACCUCUUCCAUCUCCUCCACCAACUCUCUGAGUGCUGCCACCACGCCCACCGUCGGUAAAGAGCUCUCCGUGUCUGUGUCAGAAGAUGACGCUUUUGUAGACAAACUUCCCAACUUUGAGAGACGGACAGACGUUCCAGCAGGCUGUUCUCGAGGGCCCAGUCCACUCACCAUGGGGGCCCAGGACACACUGCCUGUGGCUGCAGCUUUCACAGAGACAGUCAGUGCCUACUUCAAAGGAGCUGACCCCAAUAAGUGUGUGGUGAAGAUCACCGGAGAGAUGGUGUUGUCCUUCCCAGCAGGCAUCACACGGCAUUUUGCAAAUAACCCCUCGCCCGCUGUGCUAACCUUCAGCAUAACCAACUACAGUCGUCUGGAACACGUCCUUCCUAACCCACAGUUACUGUGCUGUGACACCACACAGCCAAAUCCAAACUCAAAGGAGUUCUGGGUGAAUAUGCCAAACCUGAUGACCCAUUUAAAGAAGGUGGCGGAGCAGAAACCACAGGCAACUUACUACAAUGUAGACAUGUUGAAAUAUCAGGUGUUACCGAAAGGUCUACAGUCCACUCCUCUAAAUCUAGCAGUGAGCUGGAGGUGUGAACCCACCAGUACCGAUCUGAGGAUAGACUACAAAUACAACGGUGGGGCCAUGACCACUCCUGUCGCCCUCAACAAUGUUCAGUUCCUCAUCCCUGUGGACGGAGGCGUCAGCAAACUGCAGGCUGUGCUUCCCCCAGCUGCCUGGAAUGCAGAACAGCAGAGAAUCUUAUGGAAGAUUCCUGAUAUUUCACAGAAGUCUGAGAAUGGAGGUGUAGGAUCCCUGCUGGCCCGUUUCCAGCUAACAGAGGGUCCCAGUAAACCCGCCCCGGUGGCAGUGCAGUUCACCAGUGAGGGCAGCACUCUGUCAGGCUGUGACAUUGAACUGGUUGGCCUUGGAUAUCGUUUUUCCCUUAUCAAGAAGAGGUUCGCAGCAGGAAAAUACAUGGCAGACAACUAAACGGCAUCUUUGAUCCAUGCAAGUCUGCAUAUUUUGGACCAAUUCUGAAUAUUUAAAACACAGGACAGAUCACAAGCCUGACCCCUACCUGACCUUAUGGAUAAACCUUUGUAGAUGUACAAUACAGGUGGACCUCACACACUCCAGCAGUAUUAUAUGAGUUGCAUUGUAAAAUGUGGAACGUUUUAGAGUGUACUUAUAUGUGUGAACUGUAUUCACUUUGCAACAUCUUUAUUACGGCAGUUAAAUGACCUGGGGUUUGUUCGUAAGGUUUAGCCUCUACUUCUGUCCAAUGUGUUAUUGGCUGUGCCUACCUGAACCUGAAUUUUCUGUAUCCUUCUCUAAAAGAGAUACUGAACAUGUAAUGUUUUUAUUACUCUAUGCAUUCAGUUUGUCAAAAAGUAUCACAUUUUCGAACAAGGUAGCAAAUUAGUGCGGUAAACAACUGAUUGUCUAAAAGAGGAAUGAGCCUCUGCCACAAGAUGGCGCUAUACCGUUGCAUGUAGUAAGAGGUCUGCACCAGAUUUUGGUAUUGCUCAAGCUUAUUUAGUCAUGAAAACGUAUUCAGGAAUAUCUCUUUUUAAUUUACUCAGUGCAGUCAGGUUCAUUAAUUGGAAAACAAUAGUUUUUUUUUUUUUUGAAACUCUUUGUAGAAAUUUGUAGUCAGCCACUGCUUUAAAACUCUCCUGCUUGCAAUAGACACACACAAACAUGAUUUUCCUCAACAGAAAAGUCCUUUUAAAUGGGUAAUAUAUAUCUUGAAGGCCGUUUGGUGUUUUCUUGUAUUGUUAAAUAGCCUUUCUGUUAUUCCCAAGGGAACAGUGUUAGACAUCAGAGUACAUGACAUCACUCUAUUUUUAUUUAUUCAUGAUUUGUUGUAUAAAAAAAAAAGAAACAAGUUACACUGUAUAUGAAUAGACUUUGAAUGGUAUCAUAAUUUAGGAUCCUUGAAGUUUUUGUUAUCUGUGUAGUUGGGUAAGCUGUGUACAGUAUAAGGUAUAAGAUAUAAUUUUUAAAUUUAUUUCAGAUAUAAGUUUUUUAACUCAAGUGCAACAGAAAAUUUACGCUAUAUAUAUGGGUCGGGUGACAUGUAAAAGAAAAAAUGAAACGGGAUACUGUAUCUACCUAGAUGCGUCAUGCUUAAUGUUAUUACAGUGUUAUGUAUAGCAGCACUAUUAGUUCAACAAUGGAUUGUCAGCUUUUGGACAUUGUAAAUUCUUUUCUCAUUCACGCAGAUGUGUUUGUAUCCAGCCUCUCCCCUCAGUAUCCUGAGCAUGAGUCCCUGCGCUUGAGAACCUCUUUAUUUUGCAAAUGGUAACGGUCUCUGUGAGAUGACAAGGUUCUUGAGUGGUUAAAUGACCAAAUCGUUUUUGUUUUUUUUUCUUUUCGUUUGUACGUGUAUCUCCAGAAUUGUCCUUUAAGAGAAAAAAAGCUGCAUAUUUUUUAAAUGUUUAAACCUAUGAAUAAAGUGAAAAAUAUUGUUUCUUGUGGAAAAAAAAAAAUGAAAAGGACAAAAAAACACUGUGUUACUGUUUAAAUUCCCAGAUGUUCUGAUGUUCACUGUCAGGAACAAACAUGUUGGUUACAUCUUUGAGUGUCUGAUGUAGACAUUGUGAUGGUUUGGAGAUGAUUACUGGUGCUUUGUGAUUCAUAGGAUUCCAUCCACAUUUAACGUUAAGGAUGAGCGGAGCGUCGCCGUCCGUUAACACUGCAUUGCAUAUUUUAUGAGCACUGUAACUAAAGGGUUUUUUAUUGCACUGAGUUUAAUCGAAGAACAACUAGGAGUCUCUCAGCUGAAAGAAAAAAAAACCUAUGAAUUCAAUUCUGUGUAGUGCUUAAUCAGUAUGUCUACAUGGUCCAAAGUGAAACGUCUCUCAGAUGCGCAAAAGAAGUGAGAAAACUCAUGUCAGUUUGAUGUAAGUGGAGCUGUGUGUGAAAGUUGAGUUGCAUUAGUGUGUGUGUGUGUGUGUGUGUGUGUGAAGUUGUGUCUGUGUAGGAGGGAGUGUGCGUGUGCGUGUGUGUGUGCGCGCGCGUGUGCGUGUGUGUGUGUGCGUGUGUGCGUGUGUGUGUGCGUGUGUGUGUGUGUGUGUGUGUGUGUGUGUGUGUGUGUAUGCACGCUGUCUGGUAACUGUAAAUCAUCUCUUCCCAGCAACAUGUGCAAGCUGUGUUUGUACAAAAAAUGUUAACAAAGAUCUGAGAUUACUUUGCUCUUUCCAAAACAAUAAAACAUAUAAGCCUGA